UCCCACGGGAUUCACGGGAGCCGCAUUUCGAUGGGGGCGAAAUGCGAAAACACCCGUGUACUUAUAUCUGGUGCACGUUAAAUAACCGCAGGUGGUCUAAAUUUCCGGAGUCCCCCAGUACGGCGUGCCUCAUAAUCAGGUGGUGGUUUCGGCAUGGAAAACCCCGUAAUUUAACGAAGCGAGUGGCACCACUCGUUACAAGUAAAACAAAUUACGUCGCUUUCAUAUGCAGCUGCGCCGACGAUGAACGAGUGCGAGGUCAACAGACGCUCUCCCAUCAGUGCAGACACGGCGUUUACGCAGACGCAUCCGACGGCGCCGACAAAAAAGGCAAAGCUCCCGCGUCCAUCUCGCCGAGAUCGACAAAGUGUUGCUGCUAGAACCCACAGAUGGGAGGGGUAAUUAACUAUUUAUCGUGCAAUUUCUUUUUCGUGAAUUCGACCGGCCUGUUCAGGCUGCUUUAGAGUUUUGGUCUCCCUGAACGUCGCGCCGCCGUGACGUCAUCCCACCUGUUCUGAAUUCCUGCACUACUACGUGCAAAAAAAAAAAAAAAAAGAAGGAAAAGAACGAUGCCGCGUGUUACCAACAUACUUGCUGCAACUACCGGUGGCGCUGCAGUCAAACUGUUCGCAAGGUAACCAGAUGACCGCGAAAGGGUGUCAAUCAUCCAGAGCUUCAGCACUUCAGCGGGUCACUCGUACGCGAGCUAUAUCAGCGGACUAAACUAUUUUACCGAGGACAUCGUAGGCGAAAUUCUCGGACCGUGUCGCUCUGCCUUGCAGCACCCGCGCGAUUGGAACACGCAGACGCAUCUUGCAGCACUUCAUAGCAUGAUGCUGCCACCAGGCGUUGCGCCGUCCCACCUCGUGCGGGUCGCUCUGCUCGCACCACGCCAGCAGGCCCUCCUCCAGCGCUCUGCACAACACGCAUUGCGCCUCCGGCACUCUGCGGCGGCCUGGCUUCCCGUUGCCUCGGCGGAAAGCAACGGCUUGUGCUCCAAUGCCGUGGCUCGGGAUCCGCGCUCGCGUCACCAGCGGUGCGUUCAUCAGACUGGCGCUGCUAAGCCCACUACGAGCAUCAUUCGACAGCUGCUGCGUGACGCGCCUCCGCUCCGUUACAAGGAACGGCGCAUCGAGGUCGCCACGUGCGGUGACCUCUACAAGAAAUGGCGUGCUGAGGGUCGCCACGGCUACCAGCGGGCACCCGACACGGGCGCUCGUGUGCCGGUUGUGUAUAUCCACACUGGGCUGGACCGCAUCGAGCGCGGAGACCGGACAGAGCGACCGCUGUCCGUGCUGCUCACGGGGGCGCCGGGACAGUACCAGGACUUCAGCUACAACAUCCCUUUCCUCGACCAGAACGGUGUGGACGUUCUUUGCUUCAACUGGCCCAACUUUGCGUUCAGCUUGGAGACCGGCUACUGGUGGCAUAGCUGCGACGAAAAAACCAGUCUAGUCGUCGAUUUCCUCAAGAAACUUGACAUCAAGAAGAUCGACAUGCUGGUCAGCCACAGCACCGGAAGUACACCCGCGGUGCAGCUGGUGGCCGAGGAAACCGAGAUUGAUGUGAAGUCCUUGGCCCUGCUUAUGCCCAUCGCAACGCGACACUUCAGGGGCUCCAGCAACCCUCUGCUCUUCAAUCCUGCAGUUAGAUGGGCGAUGAAGAGUCGACACGGGGCGUCCAUCAUCAUGCCCCUCUUCCAAGCGGUCAUGUCGUUGAGCAGGCACCCAACUAGGGGCCAGCCGCACGACGUAUUCUUCGCCUACCACUCGUGCACCGGAUACGAGGAACAUCGGGUUGAGCAGCAGUUGGCCACAAUUCGGAACCGCGCAAUGCCCACCCUCGUGAUAAUCAGCGACAACGACAAGCUCCUGUCAAAGGAAGACAACCACACAUUGCUGCGGAGGUUGGGCCGCGACCCCGAGCGGACCUGGUUAUACGACUCGGCCGGGCAUCUCCUCCGGAGGGGUGGUUCCGACAUAGUGAAAGUAAUCGAGCUGAAGGAUGGAUCGCACUACGGAUUUGUACUCUGCCCCGACAUCUGCAACGAGAACCUUGCCGAAGUCCUCGAGAGGGUGCGACGGCGCUAAUUCAAGCAGCGCCUGUCAUCGCUCACGAGCGCACACUCUCUAGAAAAUUUUUUUUCCUCGGAUACUAAUAGACCAUUAUACGCUGUACGCGUAUGAUUCAUUCACCUGGCGCAGUAGGCUAUAUAGUGAGCGUAAUUGCAGGCCUCGCGUGUCGUUGAUUUACUCCGUCUAACAGCACGCCCGUGGAGCAUAAAACGGCUAACCUCGUUGAAUGGUCUGCAGGAAACCUCGUCUUGGAUAUGUUGUCACAAUCUCGUUUUACCAUUUUCGCUCCGUUCUGCUAAGGGCAUUAGUUUUAUACAUGCUAUAUUAAAGGGAUUUUUGUGAUCGCUGGUUACAAGAACCAUCCGUUCUAUACGGUGCCUCCACCGGCGUGGCAUGGGGCUAAAUGAUGACUUGCAACGACUUCACUUGGAAAUAAAGCACCUGUUACUGCCGGA